AUGGCAGUAGGAGUCAAGAAAGAGGCCCUCAUGAGCCCCGUCCACCUCUUCUCCCAUGGCUCUACGAUGAUGCUCGGAGAGGAGAGCAACUCGGCGACUUACUGGAAGAAAUGCGGAGAUGAGGCUCUGGCCGAGGGCGUCGAGCACGUUGUCAUGAUGGGCGCACACUGGGCCACGAACGCCCCUGGCGAAGUCCUCAUCUCCGCGCAUCCCAAGCCCGGAAAGUCGCCAGUAGCCUACGUCAACCCUGAAAAGUACCAUCCUUACAAGCUGAACCCCGACCUAGACUACGUUCCCACGAUCCAAGCUCACUUCAAGGCGGCUGGCAUCCCCUCCAGGAUCGACCCGACCUUCGACUGGAUUCACGACACCUACCUUAUCCUUAUCCGCAUGUUCCCCAAGGGCUGCCCCCCGACAACUCUUGUCUCUAUGAACGACUUCUACGACCCGCACUUCCACGUGGCCGUUGGCGCAGCCCUGCGUCCACUCCGCGCGGCCAAGCACAAGACGCUCUUCAUCGGCUCGGGUGGCUCCGUUCACAAUCUAUAUCGCAACGUCUGGGGACCCAUGUUGCGCUUCCGCGAUAACUUCGCCCAAAUCACUCCUCCAGAGCCGUGGGCCCUUGACUUUCGUCAGGAGGUCAUUGACACCUUCUGCCCAGCUUACGAGGACGAGGUACCGGCGGACAAAGCUGUUUACGGACGCCCCAUUCGCGGCAAGAAGCCUUGCGGUGGACCGAUGCUGAGACGCAAGGUGACCAGCCUGAUGAAGCAUCCCAAGUAUCGCGAGGCGCACGCGACAGACGACCAUUUCAUGGCCACCAUGUUUGUGGGAGGUCUGUGUGGGGGCAAGGGUGACGAGAACCUGAAGGCCGAGAUGGGUGCUGAGGAUUGGGAGCUGACGAAUAUGUGCAACUCGCAAUUCACUAUUGGUAGUUGGGCAGACGCAAAAUGA